AAGUCGAUUCAGGACAGUCACGUUUACAUCCAUUCCGUUUCGUUCUCCCAGGUUGGCGGACUCCCCACGUGGUAUUGCCAUGGCCCGCUCGGACAGCGCUGUGUGGACGGAAAUCACCGAAUCACGGUUCGUCGGAGAGACGGACAACCUCGGCCUGAUAGACGAACCCUAUGGCCGAUCACUCUCGCGUGGAGGACCACAAGACGUUCUGCAGGGUGUAAAGUUUUACCAAGGUCCUGUGUUUGUCAGUAACUCGUAUUUCACGAAUUACGAAGAACGGACAUGGAAUGGUUUCUUCCGACCCGCCGGCGCCAUCAGCUUCAAGCGACAUAAUCAAUACCCGUCAAAAGCUCACAACAGUGUGAAAGGAAUCAAAUUUGGCUUCUGUGAUAAGACUGGAGGUAACUGGGUGUACAACGGAAACAGCUCUGUGAAAUUCUUUUCGAACGACGACGGAAAUCGGCAGAUAACAUUCAAUGAUAUCGACGGCAGCGUGACCGGUCGACCUGACAGCCAGGUGGUGAAGUCCCACCGGUUCUUUACCACACCGUGCUGUUCACACAGAGACACCUGGAACAUGGACGUGUGUCCGCACCAAUAUGCAAAGUUAAAAAUUAAGGGGGAGGGCGGCCCUUUGGAUCCUUCAAAAAUUAAGGAUUACCCUAUCAAACUCUUCAGAGAUGACAGACCAAAUGAUCCAUUUGCCUUGGAAGGAACGAAAGGUUUAAAUUAUCUUGUGAUUAAAGGAAAAUCAUACAUAAUCAAUUUCAAUGGAACUGCACCAGACAAAGUAAAGCUUGAGGCUCAAAACCUGUUUCCGGGUGAUAGUAUUCGUGUUGGUCUAUGUUUUCCAAAAGAUGUCACAAGUUUCACAUUUACUGGAUCAUUACCAAGAAUAACAAAGGAUGACCCUAUGUUUUCUGUUACUACGAUCACCGAGUUGGAUAGUGAUACAACUGGAAGGGCAUAUUUUUGGGAUGUUACUACAGGUUUGCUGUUUGUAAAGAUCAUUGGUUUUCACAACCGAGUGGAUGGAGAGAAAUGUCCAGGAUAUCAAUGUCCUGGUGUGAAUAUAAUUAGAAAUGAUGGUAGCUCAAUAAUAGCAGACUGCUUUGAUGCAGCUUAUACUGGAGCAGCACCUUACAAAAAACCUGAUUCUUGUUCUAAAGCUGUUCCUGAUCCACUUCCAUGUCCUUCACCUCUGCCAUCUCCAGAGGGUUAUGGCAUGACAGUAGUACCAAGCAUAGAAGACGUACCUAAGUUUGUAGCACAGUGUCCAGGCCCGGUAGCUCACCCAGGAAGAGGCACAGUUGAAUAUAUGGGCUGCUUUAUAGACACAACAUUGCGAGACCUGCCACAUCUGUUUCAAACGUUAUUUAGAUCUAUGACGCCAGAUUUCUGUAUAGAGAGGCAAGUCGACUAGUUUUAU